AUGUUUGAUUCCUUUGUAUCUCAGUGUUCGAGUGCGAUCGGUUUCAAGGAGGAUAUGUUUCGCUUUAUGAUGGCGUUUCUCAUGGAAAUCCCAAUAACGCUCUUUCUUCGGUAUCUUCCCGACAACCCUCGUUUGAAACACAUGAUCUAUGGAUGCAUCGGGAUCUUCAUUAGUUUCUUUAUCUACAACGGGAUGACCUUCUGUGUCUUCAUUACGAUGCUUCCCGUCUAUUUUAUCAUGAAAUAUAUGCCUAAUAAAACAGGCGCUUAUAUCUGCUUUGCUCUUUCAUUGGGAUAUUUGUUAACACUUCACAUCAAACGGAUGCUCGACAACUACUUGGGAUACGAUUUGGACUUCUCUUCCGUCCAAAUGGUCCUCACCAUCAAAUUCACAACCUUUGCCUUUUCCGUCGCCAACGCAAACGACAAGGACUACGUCUGCUCAAAAUACACGGAACAACACAAAAUUAAGACGUACCCAACACUCUUGGAAUUCUUCGGGUACACUUUCUUCUAUCCCGCGUUCUUCUCAGGUCCAGCUUUGGAGUUCACCGAGUACAUCGCCUUCGUCGACAUGUCGAUGUUCGACGAGUUCGGAAAGAAGGUCCCGCCAAUCAGUUUGAAAGCCGUUGGGAAU